AUGGCUAGUUUGGACAGGUCGUUUCUCGACACGUGCCCCUGGAAACCAGGCAUUUUUAAAGGCAAGGUUGCAUUUGUGACUGGCGGUGCGGGAACCAUUUGCAGGGUGCAAACAGAGGCACUCGUGCUUCUUGGCGCCGACGCAGUGAUUGUGGGCAGAAACACGGAAAAAACCGAGCGCGCCGCCCGCGACAUCCAGCGGUUGCGACAAGGUGCCACUGUCUUGGGAAUCGGCAGCACGGAUGUGCGCGACGUCCACUCGGUGGCAGCCGCGGUCGAGACCGCCGUUCGCCGGUUGGGCCGCAUCGACUUUGUUAUUGCGGGCGCGGCGGGCAACUUCUUGGCCGACUUCAACCACUUGUCGGCCAACGCGUUCAAGUCCGUGGUGUCCAUCGACUUGCUCGGCUCGUUCAACACGGUCAAGGCGUGUUUUGUGGAGCUCCGCAAGAGCCGGGGCGCGGUGCUCUUUGUGUCUGCCACGUUGCACUACUACGGCGUGCCGUUCCAGGCGCACGUGGGCGCGGCCAAGGCGGGCGUGGAUGCCCUUUCCAAUGCGCUUGCGGUAGAGUUGGGGCCUUUGGGGAUCCGGUGCAACUGCAUUGCGCCGGGCGGAAUCGAGGGCACCGAGGGUAUGUCCCGCUUGAUGACUGCGGACACGGACGUGGGGCGGAAGGUGCCGCUCGCGCGGUGGGGGGCUGCCCGCGACAUUGCCGAGGCCACGGUGUAUGUGUUUUCGCCCGCCGCGUCGUAUGUCACGGGCACGGUGCAGGUGGUGGACGGGGGGUUCUGGCACAUGGGCAACCCGGCGGCGGACGUCUACCCGGGAGUGGUGGCUGCCCAGAAUUCGCUCGAGAACCCGAAGUUAUGA